AUGAUUGUUAAAUUAUUUUUCUUUUACAUUUUUUUAUUUCAAUUAAAAAUUAAACAAAUUAAUUGUGAAAUAGUUCAUGGUUGUACAAUAAAUAAUAAUAAUAAUAAUCCUAAUAAUCGACAAUUAAUAUCAUCAAAUAAAACAUCAAUUACACUUUCUUGUCCAAAUAAUGGAUAUAUUCUUGUAAAAAAUUUAACAUUCGGUGUACAUAAAACAUUAUCACAAACUUGUUCAUAUCAACCAGGAGAUUGUACAACACGUACAACAUAUAUUGGAAUGGAAUGUAAUGGACUUCAAUAUUGUAAUAUUGAUUUAAAUCCACAAUAUUUACAUAUAUGUAGUCAAUAUAGUGAUUAUAUGGUACUUGAUUAUUCAUGUUUACAAGGUCAAAGUUUAUCUGUUUGUGAUAAUGAUUUAAUAUUAACAUCAUUAAUUAAUAUGAAACAUCGUUUAUUUAUUCGUAGUCCAAAUUAUCCUUAUGAAUAUGAAAAUUCAUUAAAUUGUUCAUGUAAAAUUCAUACAAAUAAAUCAAUAAUUGAAUUUCUUGAUUUUUAUCUUGAAGAACAUGAUGAAAUAAAUUUAUGUUCACGUGAUUAUUUACAAAUUGAAAAUCAAACAUAUUGUGAUUCAAAAAUAGAAAAAAAUAAUCAAUUAAUAUCAUCAUUUAUUCAUAAUACAUCAAUUAAUAUAAUAUUUAAAACAAAUGAUGUUAUUACAAGAAAAGGUUUUUGGUUAAUGAUUUCUAGUGAACAAUUAAUAAAAGUUUCAUGUAGAAAUUCAUUUGAAUCUCCUUAUCCUAUAACAUCAUCUUUAAAAACAAUUGUUCAAUCAAUUACUUUAUCAACAAAUUCAUCACGUUUAAAUUUAACACGUCGUUAUACUCUUUCAUUUAUUCUUAUAUUAAUUAUUAUUUUUAUUAUUGUUCUUCUUCUUUUAAAUCUUCUUUUAAUUAUUCUUUGUUGGAAACAAAAACGAACAAAAGAAAUUAUUAAUUCAAAAACUAAUUGUACACAUCGACCAUUUUUUUGUUCAAAACGUUUAUCAACAUCAUCAUGUUCAUCAAUAACAUAUGGUGAUACACCAGUAUUUACAUCACUUGAUACACAAAAAAAACAAACAACAUCAACAACAACAACAACAGGUACUUAUGAAGAUCCAAAUGAAUUAUUAACAUUACAACAACAACAAAAAUUUGAUCAUAAUCAAUCUCUUUAUAUGCAACAUCGAUAUGAACCAAAAACAUUUUGUCCAAUUGUAUUACCAUCAUGUUCAAUUAAUACUGGUUAUAAUCCAAUGAUUCAUUUUUCAUCAGCACCAAUUCAUUGUCAUUUUAAUUCAUCAACUCAAACAUUUUAUCCAUUACAUUCACAUUAUCCAUUAGAUUCUCAACAUAUUUAUGAAACUAUACAAGAUGGACAAUGUCCAUAUCAACGAUUAGCAGCUACAAUUCGUCGUCAACAACAAAAAUGUACAUGUCAUUGUAUGCAUAAUGAACAAAAUAUUUCUAUUACAACUGAUGAUCAUGAUAAAAAUGUAAAUAUUGAAUUAAAUCCUGAAACACUUGUCUGA